AUGCCAGUUCGUGCUUUAUUUGAACAUGGUGCUACUGCUUUUGAUAUAUGGGAAGCCGCUCGGAAGACUUAUACUGUGACUCAGAAUAGUUCUCGUCUGUUUCAACUUCGACGGCAGUCCAUCCUUACGUGUCAGAAUGGUGAAUCUGUCAAAGUGUUCUAUGAAAAACUCCAUGCUACCUGGCAGGAGAUUGAUUGUCUGCGUCCACAUGAAUAUAGCUGUACCGAUGAUGGGGCUCGCCGUUUGAAAGAACUUGAAGCCGAUCGAAGGAAGACACCCGUCAGUCCGCUAUGCUUGGAGGAGGUUCUAUGGCCCUCAAAGUCGACCCAGCACGUCAACGACUGGUCGCAAAGCACGACGCGACCGGUCGGCCCUCAUCCAGAAAAUUUUCUACUUUUGCUGGGUAGCGUCCUGCUGGCUCUACCCCUAGCUCUCUUGACGAUCCUCCUAAAUGUCGUCAUUGUAAUGAGAAUCACUACUCUGAGAAGUGCUUUAAGGAGCAUGGUUAUCCCGAUUGAUGAGACCCGUCCUUCGGCUCCGUCUGCAAAUCUGUGUGCUUCCGAUACUAUGCCAGGUAUGGGUUCUAAUACUUGGAUAAUUAACACUGGUGCUUCUGAUCAUAUGACUUAUGAUACCAAUAUGUUUGAUGAGUUGUCUCGUAACCCUCAUGACCCCUGUAUUACUAGUGCUAAUGGUUUACCUUCCCCAGUUACCGAUGAAGGUACCAUCCACCUCACUCCUUCUUUACCUCUGUCUCAUGCUCUUUUGGUUCCAAAUAUUCGUUGCAAUUUGUUGUCUGUUUGGCGUUUACUUGAUACACUUAACGCUUCUGCUACUUUCUAUUCUACUCAUUGUUUUUUCAAGGAUCUCAAGACUCAUGCGAAGAUUGGGCAUGGUAAACGGAUAUGGGGGUUGUACUACUUACAGUUACUGGCUGCAGCAGUUCGUGGGUGUGUGGCUAAUAAAGUCCAGGUUGGCAGUGUCAAAGACAAACAACAACUUUGGCUGUGGCAUCUUCGCUUAGGACAUCCGUCAUUUGGUUAUCUUAAGCAUUUGUUUCCUUCGUUAUUUAGUUCGUGUGAUGAGUCUAGCUUCAAAUGUAAGACUUGUGUAAUGGCCAAGAGCCACCGUACUUUUGUCACGUUCAUUGAUGAUUGCACUCGCUUAACAUGGGUAUAUUUGAUGAAGAAUAAACAUGAUGUUGCCUCUAUUCUUCCUGAGUUUUGUGCUAUGGUGUCUACUCAGUUUCAUGCCAGUGUUAAAGUAUUUCGAACUGAUAACGGAGGUGAAUAUGUGAAUUAUACAUUGACCCAGUUCUUCCGUGAUCAAGGUAUCAUCCAUCAAACUACCACUCCAUUCACUCCUCAACAUAAUGGUGUGUCUGAACAUAAGAAUCGUCAAUUACUUGAAGUUGCUCGCUCUCUUAUGUUGGAUAUGUCUGUUCCCCACCAUCUUUGGGGACAUGGUGUUUUGGCCGCAGCCUAUUUGAUUAACCGUACUCCUAGUCGGGUUCUGGAUUUCAAGACUCCGCUUGAUGUAUUAUGUGCCCAUACUCCUCCAGUUUCGGUCUCUAAGCUACCUCCGAAGGUGUUUGGAUGUGUUGCUUAUGUUCAUGUCUACUCCCAUCAACGAAGUAAACUUGACCCAUGUGCUCUCUGCUGCGUCUUCAUUGGCUAUUCUACUACUCAGAAGGGUUACAAGUGCUACCACCCUCAUUCACAUAAGGAUGCUCUAUCAAAUCCAAAAUGGGUAGAUGCAAUGCAUGUUGAGAUGGAAACCUUAAAUAAGAAUGCCACUUGGGAGCUAGUCCCUUUACCAAAAGGAAAAAAGGCAGUUGGGUGUAGAUGGGUGUUUACUCUGAAGCACAAGGCUGAUGGUUCCAUUGACCGUUACAAGGCAAGGUUGGUAGCGAAAAGUUAUACUCAGACCUAUAGAGUGGAUUACACGGAGACCUUUGCUCCAGUAGCAAAGCUCAAUACUGUACGCGUACUUUUGUCCUUGGCUGCUAAUCAUGAUUGGCCUCUGUUACAAUUUGAUGUAAAAAAUGCAUUCCUUCAUGGUGACCUCAAGGAAGAAAUAUACAUGGACCCUUCGCCAGGUAUCCUUGUAACCUCUAAGGAGGGUAUGGUGUGCAAACUACAGAAAUCCUUAUAUGGAUUAAAGCAAUCUCCAAGAGCUUGGUUUGGGAGGUUUGUUGCAUCUAUGAGGAAGUCUGGGUAUGUACAAAGUAAUUCGAAUCAUACUUUGUUUCUGAAGCGUCAGAAAGGUAAAUUGACAGCUUUAAUAAUUUAUGUUGAUGAUAUGAUUGUAAUUGGAGAUGAUCAGACAGAAAUACAAAGUCUCCAGAAAUAUCUGGCGUCUGAAUUUGAGAUGAAAUCAUUAGGUGACUUGAAGUACUUUCUCGGGAUUGAAGUGGCCAGAUCUAAGCAUGGUAUUUUCUUGUCCCAAAGGAAAUAUGUUUUGGAUUUACUUGCAGAAACUGGAAUGUUGGAUUGUAAACCAAUUGAUACUCCUAGUGAACAGAAUCACAAGUUGGGGUUAUAUCCUAAUCAAGUUCCUACUGAUAAGGAGCGCUAUCAACGGCUUGUGGGGAAAUUAAUUUAUUUAGCUCAUACACGUCCUGACAUUGCGUAUGCAGUAAGUGUGGUGAGUUAG